AUGCCUCCGCGAGGAUUCACCCUUCCUCCUGCGAAUACACAGUCCGCAAAGCAAGCGCGUAGCGCCUUCUUCUGUUCGCUAUGCCAAAAAGGCUACAGUCGUAUGAACGAGUUCGAAGCGCAUGAGUCAUCUUACGAUCACCAACACAAGAAGAGAUUGAAAGAGAUGAAGGAGAUGCAACGACAAGUCCAACCGAAAAAGGAAGAGAAGGGCCCCUUGAUGCAGAUUAAACUCGGCGGUGCCACCAAGAGUGCAUCGACCGGUGGCGGAGGGUUCAAAAAGGGAGGAUUUAAGAACGCUUUCGCUCCGGCCAACGACGAGCCCAAGGUCGACGUUACGAAGGAGGAGACCGAUUCGAUAGGUGCAGUGCCGAGUGCUGUUCCCGAUGACAGCGAUGUGACAGACGACGAGGACUACUACGACCCACGCCGACCAACAGGUUGCAUGCCUGAUUGUAAGGGUCGUGCUUCGUCGGACACCUGA